AUGCGACAAUGCGAUCCAACAACACCUGCAUCGUCUUUGGAGCAGAGCGCAAUCGAGACGAGAAGCGAAACGACUGUGUCAGCGUUUCGGAAACUGCGCGAGGCGCUGCUGGCCAACCCGUUCAAAGACGGCCGUGACAAUGUGCCGGCAGCAGUCGUUGCUGUUUCUGGGCUCUUCAUCGGUUCGUACGGUGCCGCCUCCAACUUGGAAGCGCUGGCAGAAACAAAGAUCACCCACAUCCUCUGUGUAGCACCGUCACUACCACUCAAAUUUCCAGAAACGUUCACGUACUUGCAGCUGAAAGUCGCGGAUCGACCUUCAGUCACUAUCUCUGCCUUCUUUGACAGAGCUUUUGACUUUAUCGACAGCGCGCUAUCGCUUCGAGGAAAAGUGCUCGUGCACUGCUUCAUGGGACGAUCCAGGUCGGCAACGAUCAUUCUCGCGUUCUUGAUCACGCGUCACGGCUAUACGCUUUCCGAUGCACUCUGUGCAUUGCGUCGCACUCGACCUCAAGCCCAGCCGAACAGCGGAUUCUACCGCGAGUUGAUUGCGCUGGAAGCAAAGCAGAAGCAGCUUCGCGAACAAGGAGCCUAA